GCGAGCGAGAGAGGGAGAUGGACCGGGAGCGCGAACGGGAGCGCGACGUGCUGGCGGGCCACGGUGGGCACGCGCAGCAGAUCCACCCCGCGCACCGCCCGGCACACCCCGGCCCCCCGAUGGGCCCCGUCAUGGCCCACCACCCCUACCAGGAGAAAAGCCACGGGCACGGCGGCCACGGCGGCCACGGCAACGGGCUCCUCAACGGCAUCGCCUCCUCCAUCAGCCGGUUAGCGGCCAACAACUGCGACUUGACGAUAACGACCACCAGCACGUCCUCGGGCAGCGCCUCGCCGCCCCAGGCGCACGGCUUCAACAGCAGUAGCAACAAUAACAACAAUAGCACUAGUAAUAACAAUAAUAGCACGAAUGUCAACAAUAACAACCGGCAAUCGCCGCUCCAGCUUCAGUUGAAAGGCGGCAGUACCGGCUGCGGCGGAGGCAGCCAACACUCGGGCAGCUCGACGGGGGCGCUCAGCCCAGUGUCGGACCUGCUGGACGACAACCCAAACCAGCCAACCAUCAACCAAGCCAACACCAAUAUGGUGGAUGGAAUCAAUUUGGAUGAAAUAAAAGAAUUUGCGAAAGCGUUCAAGAUUCGACGCCUCUCAUUGGGACUGACGCAGACACAAGUGGGACAAGCACUAUCAAUCACGGAGGGCCCUGCAUACAGCCAGAGCGCCAUUUGCAGUGCCCUGGCCACGCAGAUGAUAUGUGCCGCUCAGAUAGCCAACCAGCGUCCAAAUGUGUUUGAAAAGCUUGACAUCACUCCCAAAAGUGCACAAAAGAUUAAACCUGUUUUGGAGCACUGGAUGAAAGAGGCCGAAGAGAGGUACAAAAUUGGACAAAAUCAUCUGACUGAAUUCAUUGGAAUGGAACCAUCCAAAAAGAGAAAAAGGCGGACAUCGUUUACACCACAAGCACUUGAACUGCUAAAUCACCAUUUUGAGAGAAACACCCAUCCAUCAGGUACGGAAAUCACAGCACUUGCUCAUCAACUUGGGUAUGACCGAGAAGUUAUUCGAAUUUGGUUCUGCAACAAAAGACAAGCACUAAAAAACACUGUGCGAAUGAUGUCUAAAGGCCUUGUUUCAUAAAACCAUGAAGGGCAGAAAUCAAACAGUGUUUACCUCAGCAGAAGAUUGUUGCCCAAGGUGCACACAUCUCAAUUUUGUGAUGUGUCAAUGUCAAUUCCUGCCCGCGAGAAGCAGUGAAGAUACCUGCACCCAAAGCCUGUGACAAAGUGAAAGUAUUGAAGCACUGCUCUUUGACUGAAACCUUUGUGCUGAUGCAAGCUGCAUGCAGGGUGAUCCUCUUGAAGUGAAAUAACAAUUUAAUGGAUUUGUGAUUUAAUUGUCAAAUACGAAGAGUGUUAUCUCUAGUCUUAAAAUAAUUAAAGGCGUAAAUAUCUUAUCUACUUCUGUAAAGGGAAAUCACUGAAAUGUUUUUGUUUAACUCGGAUUUGUUAGAAGAUGAUAAUGUUCCAUCACCUUAACAAAUUUUCCUUUCCUUAGUCAGUCUCAAGACCUCAAUAGAAGAGCAGACUCUUUCUGUCUUGAGAUAAGAGAGUUAUUCAACUGUAUUAUAACAUGUGGUAAAGAUAUGUGACAAAGUUUGUUUUAUUUGCAAUAACUGCAGUUGUCAUAACUAGCAGUUGGAAGAUAGAGAGAAGAAUGCCAAAGUGUUUAAAAUAAGUGACUAAUUGCUGAAAAGUAUACAUUUCAUUGUGGUCCCUCUUUAAAUGGACAGUGGUGUUUUUAAACUACAUGGACAAGCUAUUGUUACCCAAUGGAACAGAUUUUAGUCUUUUAAGCUUACAUAACUAUUGUGAUUGUGAUGUGCCAUCUUCAUUGAAUGGGCGCCUGACCCAUGAAGAUCAUGAUUAUACAGAAUGGCACAGCUGGACCCUGAUUUACUGGGACAAGUGCUUGGUUUUACCUCUAGGCUUGUAAGGUGCCAUAGAGCUGAAAUCCUCAUUCAGACCGUCUCUUUUAUGUGGCACACAUUGCCUGGUUUAUCAGAGGCUUUCUGUGCAAACAGAUUUUUUUAUACAUAUUAUAGCUUAAUGAAUCCCCCAUAUUUCACUCUACUCCCGAGCCAAAAAUUCCUUAACUAAUUCAUGUACACGCAUAUUUAUAAACAAACAGUAUUACUGUAUUUCAAAGUGCACAUCUGUGUUUUGUAUUAUUUACUGAAAGUUUAGCAUUUAGCAAACACUUCUUAUGCACUAGUUCCCCUGAAAAAAAAAAGUUUUGUUUUCCAGAAAAUAUUAAAUUAAUUCAUGUAGAUCAGAUCAGACAAACUGGACCAGACAACUUAUGUGAAUCUCUCAACAACAACAAAAAUUGUGAUAUUGAAUGCAUUUUGCUGAUAAAAAUGACACACUGAAAUUUUCAGUGGCAGUGUCACUGCUACACUGUGAACACUUCUCUAAUUUGUUUCCAGUAAGAAUGUUUUGAAUGAGUGCAAUAAGUUACUUUUAGUUGUUUUAGUUUUAGUGAGUUGUUGUCUUCAUAGAGGAGAAAUUAUAAUAUUGUUAUGUUGAAAGAGAAUGAAUGCAUUUAUCAAAAA